AUGGCGACGCCAGACACCGGCUCACAAGCCGCUUCGGCCCCCGUACCGAACCCCCUCACACGUUCCGACACAAACACCUUCAAGCGAUGCUGCAUUUGCUUCGAGGAUGAGGGCGAGCGCACUACCGAACCGGUCGUCCGACCUUGUACAUGCAGUUUCCCAGUUCACGAGACAUGCCUUCUACGAUGGUACGAGGAGAACCACAACGAGAAAAACAACAGGGACGGCGUGAGCUGUCCGCAAUGCAAGGCCCCCUUCAAGGUUGAGGAACCAUUUGACUAUGUCGUCGCUCUGCGGAGGACCAUACACCGAAAGUUCAGCCAGGUCUCGCCCAUUAUACUCGCGUCAAUGGUGGCUAGCGGUACCUUUGCCAGCUCUGCUACCUACGGUGUCAUCGCUGCCUCCUCCUUUGCCGGCUACGAGACGGCCCUCAGGUGGGUAGGCCUCCAAGUUAUUCCUGGCCAGGCUAUUUCCGUAUCCGGGGCUAGAAGUGCACAGGUGGGAAGGAUGAUGAUGAGGCUGUGGACCAUGUCUUCCAUCGCUCCGGCUGUCAUCCUCAGCCGAGCAGUGCCCUUUCUGGCCAACUUCUUCUUUGUGCCAUUUUCCGCCAUGUACGGCAUACUACUCAUAGCCCAGGACGAUCACCCGACAUGGCCACCCUCUCCGACGUGGGCCAUGGUUAUGAUGCCUUAUGUACACAUGACCUAUAACAGACUCUACAAUUACUGGCUGAGGCCGAUCGACAGACGCCUCAACCGGGCUCUACGGGGUCUUGAAAACAACUUGACUCAGCCCACCGAUGGUGCCGCCGGCGCUACCGAGUCCGAAAACAACCACGACAAUGAAAACCGGGACCGUGAAAGCCGCUUUAUCUUGUCCGACCUCCUAGACCUAGGCCGUACUGCUUGGAUUAUUCUCAGCAACACCCCCGAUGAUGGCGGAGCAGAACUUGAUGUCCGCAUCGAAAUCGGCGCUAAUGCCGACAGCGAUAACGAUGCCGCCGACCGCCAACUAGAGGAUAGUUUCCUUCAGGUUGAUGCCCCGGAGGCGCCAUACACCCAAUAUAAUGAGGAGAUUGCCGGUCAUCUCGAAGAAGCAAUAGGUCAGGUCCGAGAAGUUCCAUGGCCAGCAGAAGCCGAAGCCGAAGCCCGCCCUCCAACCCCAACGGUGCCAGAACCAGCUCCGGCUCCGGCCGCAGCUCCUCCUCCACAGCCUGCAGCACGUGCACGACGGGAAAGGAACAACAACAACGACAGAGACAGAGACGGCGUGGAACUCCCCCCUUUCUCCCUCACAGAUAUCGUCAACAACGUCGUCACGUCUCUCCUCUUCCCCUUCAUCUCGUACGGCAUGGGCGAGCUUAUCCGCCUCGCACUACCCAAAUCGUGGACCUCGCCACCCAAGCCCAUCGUCACAUCCGGUUUCUUCAAGAGGGGAACGAUUCUGUCGCAAGGGCCCGGUGGCCUGUUGCAGCAGAGAUGGGGACGCAGUCUGGCGGGCGGCUGUCUGUUCGUCGUCAUAAGGGACGUGUUUGAGCUGUAUGCCAAGUACAGGAAUGUGCAAGUUAUGAAGGGUCGCAGGAUUGUCAGAGGAGGGAAGGGGGAGACCGGGGAGACCGUGGAGGAGGGUUUUCUUCUAGAGGAAGGGCUGCUGACGCUGGCGCUGGCGCUGGUAAUCAGUAGCACCUUGCCAGUCUUCUAA